AUGAAGGAAAGCGGGUGUAACGACCUUAAUAUCCAAGCCAAGGCGUGUGAUGAUUUUGAAAAACAAUAUAAGAAACCGUUCACCCAUUUUAAGGCAUGGAAUACUGUCAAGGAUCAACCAAAGUGGCAGGAACAACCUUUGGUUGGUCAACCUAUAGAAUCGUCCAAUUCGAGUAAAAAAGGGAAGUCAUCCGAGUCAACCACUCUAACACCGCGAAGUAAAGAGUUGGUGUUCGACGUUCCGUUGCCGUGUCUGAAUGAGGAUCCUGCUCCAUCAAGGAAAUCCAGGGGUAAGAAGGUGGGAAGUGAAGAUUCAAGUCGAAGUUCAGUGCGUAAUACGUUGUCUAGUUACACGGCCGAUAAGUCAAGUCUACUGAAGGAGCAAUUUGAGGUUCAAAAGAAAAAAGACGAAGAGUAUUUCAAGUUUCGUGAAGACGAGAACCUGAACCGGGAUAUGAAGUUCGUUAUGUAUCCACACGAUUAUAUACCGACCCGGCAUUUAAGAAAUUCAUCAUCAACAAAAAACGCGAGUUAUGCGCGAAAUACGGUUGGCCGUGUAGUUUGUAGGAUUUAA